GGUGCGUUAAAUCGCCGCCUCGCCUCUUCUGAGGGUGUUACUCACGAGAAUCUUCUGGAUUAUCUUGCUUUGAUCGAGGAACGCAUUAACCUUCUUCUUCUAGUCCGUCAGUUCAUAGCAGCAAACGAUCCCGAAGCCCCAUAUGUCGCUAAGACUAUUCUCAUUGGCAACAACUUGACCCCUGUUCCUGGACCGAUACAGCCAAUCAUGCCGCCGAAUUUACAAGAGGACUUUGACGAAUUAACCGAGAUACACAUAAUUAAGCCGUUCUCGAGAGAGGAGCUGCAUCAGCGGGUAGUUUCACUAGUUCUGAAAAAAGAACGUGAUUCUCGUGCUGUUGGUGGCCAAAGCAUCAGCUUCAAAGAGAGUGGACUCGCCGGAAAGCCGUGUCCAAGUGGAGGGACAGGUGGAAGGUCUACGGGAGGGCAAGGUCUCAGCGCACUUGGCAGCGUGACAGCAGGCACGAUGAGCGGUUUAUCGCAGGCAUAA